AUGGCAGCGGUGCCGUAUAGUGCUAUCCUGUGUGGUCGAGGAGAUAAGAAGACCAAUAAAGAAAGGGAAGAGAUUCAAAGGCCCAAAAAGGAACAGAAAAUAAAGAGGAUAAAGGAUAAGGUCGAGGAACUAAAGGAGCAAGCUGAGAAAGACUCCGAGCAAUCCAGACAACAACUAUCGGCACUCCAGGAACAGUUCUCCGAGCCCAAACCCGAGACCCAUCAAGAAAUCUUGGAAAACGAGCUCAGCAAGCUGAAACAGAACCUCUCUGAAACACUCGCCCUCGUCGAGGAAAUGAAGGCCCAGCUCACUGACAGCAAGGCUUACGAAACUCGAGCCCACUCGCUCGCCCAAGAAACGCUAACCCAGCUCGAGGCCACGAAAAAGAUGGUGGACAUAGCUCCGAGCCACCGAGGCCCAGGACGCAUUGGCUCGUGGAGGACAUGGCGAUGA